CCUGGUGAAGGCCUGGCUGCAGCUGAUCCCUGGCUCCCAUAUUGAAGUAAUCUGAUCGCCGCUUGUUGCCAGUGAAGGAGAGUCAAGUCCUGCCAACUUCAGCCGCCAAACAUCCUUCCGAUCCUGCAGAACAUCGCCCGAAACCUGCUUCUUCUUCUUCUUGUUCUGUGCGUCUUUACGCAAUGAGCGGCUCCUUCCUUGGUCUUUGGUGCAGGCAGGACGAGUGAAACAGCUCCUGGGCUCCGUCUAAUAACAGGAAAACCUCCUCAUCCCAGCAGAAAUGAGGCGUUUUUUGGCUCUGUGGAUGGGAACUCUGCUGCAGUUUUGUCAUGCAACAAUUUACACCAACGACUGGGCCGUAAAAAUAGGAGGAGACCUUGAGUCUGUGGACAGGAUAGCGGAGAAAUAUGGAUUUACCAAUAUGGGUCAGAUUGGAGACCUGAAGAGUUAUUACAGUUUUCGGCACCAGGAGACAGCAAAUCGGUCUACUGUGUGCAACAAAGAAGUGACUGUUCGCGUCGCCAAGGAGACCCAGGUGGAGUGGCUAGAGCAGCAGGUGAUCCAAACGAGAACCAAGAGGGACUCCGGAGUCACCAAACACCUUCUCGCCGCCCAUCGUCAGCGCAGCCACACCCAGACGCUGUACUUCAACGACCCAGUGUGGAACAGCCUGUGGUACAUCCACUGCAGUGAUGAGUCCAGCGGCUGCCAGUCUCACAUGAACAUUGCAGGGGCCUGGAGGAGAGGGUAUACUGGGAAGGGUGUGGUGGUGUCUGUCCUAGAUGAUGGCAUUGAGAGAGAGCAUCCGGAUCUGAAGCCAAAUUAUGAUCGUCUUGCCAGCUAUGAUAUGAACGGACAAGACCCAGAUCCUUCUGUGAAUUCUUCCAACAAUGCUGCUAACUACCAUGGGACUCUGUGUGCAGGGAUUGUUGCUGCAGCUGCGAAUAACUCUGUCUGCACGGUUGGAGUCUCUUUCCAUGCACGGAUAGGCGGCAUCCGGAUGCUGGAUGGAGACGUGACAGACAUCGUGGAAGCAGAAUCACUGAGCUUGAGGCCACAAUAUAUCGAUAUUUACUUAGCUGGGUGGGGGCCGCAGGAUGACGGGGCCACUCUUGAAGGACCUGGGCCUCUGACUCGUCUUGUUUUACGAAAUGGCAUUCAAACAGGCCGGCGUGGCAGGGGCUCUAUUUUCAUUUGGGCAUCAGGGAACGGAGGGCGAAGAGGUGACCACUGUUCCUGUGAUGGCUACAGCAGCAGUAUCUACACUAUCUCUAUCAGCAGCAGCACCCAGCGUGGAAGCCAGCCAGAUUACCUGGAGCGGUGCUCCUCCACGCUGGCAGCAGCUUACAGCGGUGGGGAGACAGAGGAGAUGGUAACCUUGGGUCCACAGCAGAGCUGUAGCAAGGUUCGGUCAGGGACUUCCCUCUCCUCCUCCAUUGCUGCUGGUGUCAUUGCUCUCACUUUGGAAGCCAAUUCCUUGCUAACCUGGAGGGAUGUGCAGCACAUUAUUGUCCGAACAUCGAAAGCUCAUCAUCUCUUUGCUCCUGACUGGCAUGUUAAUGGAGCCGGAUUUAAAGUGAGCCACCUGUAUGGCUUUGGCCUGCUGGAUGCUGAGAGCAUGGUGAAGGAGGCUGAGCAUUGGAAGCAAGUCCCCUCACAGCAUGAGUGUGUGGAGGAGGCUGCCAUCCAGCUGAGCAGAAUUAUUCAUCCAGGCUCGGUGCUGACGUCUGUGUAUGAGACUACAGGCUGUUCCAGCGAGGCCCUACAGCAUGUUGUUUAUGUGGAGCACGUCAUUGUACGUGUUAUCAUCACUCACAGUCAUCGCGGCGACCUUUCCAUUACGCUCACAUCACCUUCAGGCACCGUGUCGCAGCUGCUAGCUAACAGGCCUCUUGACGACUCUAGUGAGGGAUUUCAGAACUGGGAAUUCAUGACAGCUCACUGCUGGGGGGAGCAGGCCGCAGGGGAAUGGACUUUAAAAAUCCAGGAUACUCCUUCUCAGAAGAGAGACAGCACUGAACUAGGAGUGCUGAAGACAUGGUCCCUGGUGAUUUAUGGCACUGCAGAGCAGCCGUAUCCCGUGCAUCGUGAGCGAGCCCGAUCAGCUGAGAUUCCCAUGGAUGGUGAUCUCACUGAAGAAUACAGGGGACCCUGUGACCCAGAAUGCAGUGACGAUGGUUGUGAGGGGCCGGGCCCGCAGCAGUGUGUCACAUGCUUGCACUUUUUUCUCAAGUUCAAGAACAACACAAGGCUGUGUGUAUCAGAGUGUCCCAAGGGAUUCUGGGGCGAUCGGCGGCGUUGUAAAAGGUGCUACUCCUCCUGUGAGAGCUGCUCUGGGAGUCGCAGUGACCAGUGCACCUCCUGUCAACCUGGACAUCACCUGACUGAGGGCACCAAUACCUGCACAGCCAUCUGUGGAGAUAAUUACUACCUCGACCACGAUGCAAAUAUGUGCAGAAAGUGUAGUGAAAACUGCUUGAAGUGCACCUCUUACAGCAUCUGCACAGAAUGCAAACCAGACACAAGCCUGUAUGGGAACCGGUGCCAGCGGAGCUGCGCAGCUGGAUUUUACCACGACAUGCAGGAUGGUGACUGCAAGCCCUGUCACAAGGCCUGUGCUACCUGUGCAGGUGCAGGUGUUGAGGCGUGCAACCGCUGUGCAGAGGGCUACUUGAUGGAGGAGUGGAGGUGCGUGUCCUCCUGCAGUGCUGCCUUCUAUGCCACAGAGCCAAACCCAGAGAUAGCUGAUAGGCACAGGAUAUGUAGGAGGUGUGACGCCAGCUGUCUCACCUGUGUGGGGCCGAGUCGGGGGAACUGCAGCAGCUGUUCCAGCGGUCACAGCCUGCAGGAGGGAGUGUGUGUUGUUAACACUGUGUGCACAGACGGAGAGUACCAGGACAGUAACGGGAAGUGCCACGCGUGUGAUGCAACGUGUCUGAAGUGCACAGGGCCGCAAAGCGAAGACUGCAUCAGCUGUGUUUCUUCACGGGCUCUGGAUGAGGGCCGCUGUGUGCUGGCCUGUGCCAAGGGGAAGUACCAGUCCGGUGGCCAGUGUCACCUGUGUGACCACACCUGUGCCACAUGUGUGGAUGCUGGACCUGCCAACUGUACUAGCUGUGACACUGAUAAGUUUGGAGUGGAGCGGUACCUUUAUAAAGGCCUGUGUCUGGACGCCUGUCCUGAGACCUUCUACCACACCAAGGACAGGAGCUGUGAGCCCUGCUCGGACCACUGCCAGCUCUGCACAAGCCCCAGCCACUGCCUCCAGUGCAACUCCUCAUACUACGUCUCUGAUGGAGGCUGUGUGAAGCUGGAGUGUGGGGAAGGGGAAGUGGAGGAUCCAGAUUAUGACGACUGCAUGGCCUGUGAGGAGGGCUGCAGAAAGUGUGUCUUGUAUAACCCCAGGCAUUGCCUGUCCUGCACUGAGGGCUUUUACAAUUUUCAGGAUGGCUGCUACAAAAACUGCCCAGCUAAGACGUACGCCGUGGAAGAGGAGAUGACCUGUGUUCCAUGUGAUGACAACUGUGUGAGCUGUGAUGUACAUGAGUGCUACUGGUGUGAGACCGACCUCUUCUUAUCAGAGGGGAGGUGUGUCUCAGUGUGUCCUGAUGGUUUCUAUGGCGAUGAAGACACCAACGACUGUGAGGAGUGUCACUCGGACUGUGUGACAUGUAGCGGCCCGGAGGACAAUGACUGUCUGUCGUGUGAGGAGGGGAAGCUGCUGGAAAACGAAGAGUGUGUGUCUGACCACGAGGCCUGUCCCAUUAAGACCUUUCGCAGCGAUGAUGGCGCUUGUGAGGACUGCCACCUAUCCUGUGAGUCCUGCUUUGGAGAGGACAAGAACCAAUGUGCAACAUGUGCAAAAGGGCGUUUUCUGACCGCACAGCAAACAUGUGUAUCCAAGUGUCCGGCUGGCUUCUUUGCCAGUCGACUGAGCGGAUUGUGUGAAGCGUGCCCUCCAGGCUGUUUGCAGUGUGCGGACGCUCAGCGCUGCAGCCGCUGUCAGAGCACUCGCAGAGCUCAGUUUUUUUUGCAGGAUGGACAGUGUGUUCAAGAGUGUGUCAGGGGUUAUCCUGUGGGUCAGGCGUGUCGUAGCUGUGCGCCCGGCUGUGUGUCCUGUGGGAGGAACGCCACCCACUGCCUCAGCUGUGAAGAAUCGCUCCUCCUCCACAAGCACCAGUGUGUGGAGGAGUGUCCUCCAGCGCACACUGUCCGGGACGGGGAGUGCCAUCGCUGCCCCUUGGUCUGUCAGGAGUGCAACCCACUUGAGCAGUGCACAGGCUGUGAGGAGUAUCACUUUCUCCUGGAGGGCCUGUGCGUGCUAGACUGUCCCGAGGGGUUCUUCGAGGACAAAGAACGAGGGGAGUGUUUGCGUUGCCACCCCGACUGUGCUUUGUGCGAUGGGCCAAACAGCAAUGACUGUGAUGCCUGUAUGGACCGUGAAGCCACCCUGCACAAUGGGGCAUGUCUGCCAGCCUGCCCCUCCCACACCUACCGGGACCAUAUGACAGGAGACUGUAAAGACUGCGAUGCAUCGUGCCUCAUGUGCUUUGGGCCUCACGCUGGAUCCUGCACCAGCUGCCAAGAGGGUCAGAGGCUGGACAGCCACAACCACUGUGUGCCAUCAGACAGCAAAUGCUCGAUUCACCAGUACACAGACCAGGACGGUGAAUGCCAUCCGUGUCACAAAUACUGCCACAGGUGUUCAGCUCCUGGCAAAACCCACUGCCUGAGCUGCAACCAGAGACAUCUCCUGCUCAAUGGCACCUGCGUGGAUGAGUGCCCAACAGGCUACUAUGAGGACGACUCGGGGCAGAAAUGUGAACCCUGCCACGCCGCCUGUCAGUCCUGUGUUGGAAAGCACAGCCACGAGUGUCUCACGUGCAAAGCCCACCUAUUUCGGGAAGGCAAAGAGUGUGUGCAGACCUGCCAGCACAGUCACUAUGGAAACACGGCCUCAAGGAUGUGUGAGAAGUGUGACCCGAGUUGCGGUGAGUGUAACGGGGGCAGCGACGACGGCUGCCUGAACUGCGCUGCAGGCCUCAUCUUCUUGCGGAAAGAAGGCCGUUGCCUCCCCUCGUGCCCUCAGGGAUACCAUCACGAUGCCGUGCACAAGACCUGCGAGCCCUGCCACGCCACCUGCAGGACGUGCUCAGGACAAUUAUCCCAUUCCUGCGAUUCCUGCUUCCCUGGAUACCUACUGUUUGAUGGCAAGUGUGAGUCCAUGUGCGAUGUCGGCCAGCAUCCCAUAAUAGAGGGUUCAGACCACUCCUGUGCAGACUGUGACAGCUCCUGUCUGGAGUGUUGGGGCCCCGGACCGUCCAACUGCACCGAGUGUCCUCCUCAGGCCAUCUUAGAAGCUGGAGGGCGCUGUCUGCUCUGUUGCCGCCAUGGGAAGGAAGAGGAGGAGGAGGAGGUCACGACACAGCAGCAGGACUGUUGUAACUGCACCGAGACUCGCGGAGAGUGUAUCCUCAGCACUAAUUUGGCGUUCAGGAAUGAGGAGGAAGAGGAGGCCACAGGUAACCUUACCGUCUUCAUCAUCGCUUGCAUCCUUCUGGUGCUGGCACUCGUGUCCAUAGUCUUCCUCAUCAGACACUCCCGGUCGAAGCACCCUCAGUCGGACCUUCCUCCUCGCGGCUACGAGAAGUUAGGCUCCGGCGGCGUAUUUGGAGGCGGCAGCAGACACGGCGGCUACAGCUCUGCUUCUUCGGCGUCUUACAGCGGCCGAGCCGGCUCCUCUGGCGGUCGUUUCCAGGAGUCUCAGCUGGUUGACAUCGGCGAGCGUCGUUCAGGGAUUAAGGAUGAUGAUGACGACGAUGAAGAUGAUGAGGACAUUGUUUACAUGGGCCAGGACGGCACUGUGUACAGGAAGUUCCGGUACGGACAGCUGGGAGACGACAACGAGGACGAGCUGGAGUACGAUGAUGAGAGCUACGCGUUCCGGUGAAGUAUGAAAAACAUUUCUCUAUUUUCUUCUGGAUUCUUCUCCCUCUGUUUAUCCUUUCACGCCCUCAGGGACAGACCCAUUUAUCCUUCACUGAAUGAGCUCGACCAAAUGAGACAUGAGAAGCUAUUUAUAAUGAGCUGCAUUUUACAACUGCUAUUCAUUCACAAAAUGAAAAACGCUGCACAAAAACAUCCCUGCUGUUUGCAUUCCUAUGGACUUUUUGCAUAACUUAGGUUGGUUUUCUUCACUUUGUUUGGAGUAUAGUGGUUUCCCACAUAUAUAUCAUAAUUCAUCAUGGGCAUUUACUAGUUUUGACAAUUUCAUUAACCACAUUAUCUCUUUUAGUUGUUGUAGUGUUGGAUUAGCAUUUUAAAUGUGAUUAAUCUUGCUAUUUAUUUGGCUUUUCUAUAUUCCCAAGUGUUUGCCGUCUUUGAAUGUUAAUUUAAAAAUGUGUUAUUCAGUUCAAAUAAAGUCUUGAAAGAAACGCA